AUGAUUGCUGCCCAGACAGCACCUGACCAAGAGCUACCCGACUCAAAUAAAUACACGUCUGUAUCGUCUUCCCUGCAUAUAUUACAGUGUCGUCGUAUACAGCCUGAGAUCUUUGGAUAUACCCUCCAUUGGGACUACAAGUCCAGAUACGAGAACUCGCUGGACUGGAGACUGCUGGUUCUCAAUGAAUUAGAAAGCUACAAGGGACGCGUCCAGAACUUUACGGAUCCUCAAUCCAAGGGUCAUACUUCACAGCGAUGGCUUGCUAUGAUCUAUCACUAUACGCUACUAACGCUUUACCGCCCAAAAAUGGAUAAUGUUCUUGGUCCAGCUGGAGAUUGGUCUAUUCAAGCUGGCUCACAAGCCUGCCUUAUAUUUCGAAAGUCUCAGAUGGAGCGACAAAUUGCCCAAGCAUGGCUCGGUCUCCUCGUCCAGUUCCAGUCCGGCGUGACAAUCCUAUAUUGCUGCUGGGCGACACCUCCAGAAUAUCGAACUGAGAGCUAUUAUUCACCCAAUGUUUCCGACGCUCUCAGGGCAUGUUCCAAUAUUCUAGCAUUACUGACCGAUCGUUGGCCAAAGGCCGAGUGUCUUCGAGACGUAUUUGAGCUUCUGGCCCGAGACGUUCCACUAGUUGACCGUCCAAAUCGACCACCUAUGCGGAUAUCAGAUACUUCAGCGUCCACUAUCAAGGAAAAGCUUCCUUUGUUAAGAGCGCUCAUUGUAAAUCGCUCAAUUAUUAGGAUGAUUCAAGAAAUGGUGACAAACGACUUUCCACGAAUACGUGGAGAUCAGACACCUCACCAUCUUGCGUCGCGGCGGCCAACGCCAGCACCAGCACCUGCAGGACCCAUUCGUGAGAGAUCGGCAGCGAUAACGAUGAAUCAACAGCCAAUACAAAUAUCAUUCGAUUUGCCGUUUAGUGCACAGUCCGUUUCUGGCGAAGGAGAAGUAGGAGAUACCUCGACCAUUGGACCAGACGAGUUAUUCGCCUUCCCCGGCAUCCCCCAACUUCCAAGAUCACCAGAUUCUCAGGAUCCCCCACGCCUUAGCCAGUCUACCCGUACACAAGAUGAGAAGAUGUACUUGGUAGAUCUCUACUUUCGCUUCAUCCAUGAUUCCCCUCAUAGUCUCUUCCAUGAGCCCACAUUUAAAGCUAGCGUUGCGGAAGGGACAGUAUCUCAGCCUGUCCUUCUUGCCAUGAUGGGUUUAUCUGCAAGGUUCGCCACGGACCCUGGUGUUGUUGCUCGUGGACCGAUAUAUCGCGCUAAAGCUACUGCAGCACUGAAGGAAGACCUGGAACAUAUCUGUAUCGAAAACAUCCAAGCUUGUAUUCUUGUCGGAAACAACUUCUUCGGCGAAGGUGACGCAGAUGCUGAGUCUUUGUAUUUUGGACUUGCAAGUCGAAUGACUCAAAUUCUGAAGCUGGGUGAGAUUGACGAAAGUGAUGACGGCGUGAUGCGAGAAGUCAAGAGACGUAUAUUCUGGACGUGCUUCAUUAUCGACACUUGGGCCAGUGGCGGCUCUAACCUAUCACCACAGUUCAGAUGGCGGACCAAAGAACCUCGAGGGCCACUCGACGAAUACAUGUUCUACAACAUGAGAUUGGGAGAUGGAGACGUCGCAGAUGUGGACUGGAAGCCUGGAUUAUGGGCUCACAUGGUCAGGCUGGUUGGGCUAUAUGCUGAAAUACAGAAUCUUCAGCAAGAACUCGCGAAUGGAGCUGAGUGGAACGAAUCUUUCAUAGACGAGUCUGUACAACGACUUGAAGCUGAGCUCGGGGCUUUCGAGGAGGGUUUGGGCCCUGAAUUGAUGUUCUCAAGGGAAAACCUGGCUUCUUUCGUCAGCCGUGGCUUAGGACGUGUCUUCAUAGCCUUUCAUCUGGGCUAUCACCACUACUAUACGCUUUUAUUUUACCAAUACCUUGACCAUCGUCGACCACCGACAAGAAACGGCCGCAAGUAUGCUAGCUCCUGCAAAGUUCAUGCUGCUAUUGUAUGCGACGUUCUCCAGGCCUCACGAGGGGUCCCUGGGGCCGAAGCGCUCUACAACAUCGUGGGACAUGUGACAAUCGUGUCCUCGUCAGUGCUAUUGCACACAUAUCUAUUUGGAGAGUCUCAUGAGCUUGAGGAGUCAAGAGACCGGCUGAGUUCAAACCUCGAGUCGCUGGUACAACUGCGAAACUAUUGGCCUAGCGUGGAGAUGAUGGUAAGUACAUACCCUAUUACUCGUCGAAGAUUUCUCAUCAGUACACAGAUCAAACGAUUGGUGGUCUUUCAGAAGAAUUGCAUUCAGUCAAUGAACGUAGAGUCUUACCGGUUCGACAGAUGGAUGGUCAAGUUUCUCAUUGCUCAUGCACUUGCUCUUGAAGACAAGGUAGAUGAUAGCUGGUCUGCUGCCAGUGUUGACGCAACAAACGGAAAUGCCCAUCUAGAACGAGGUCGCAUCACUCAAGCCAUGAUUAUGGACAUCCAGAACUAUGAUACCGAGACCUGA